AGGAGGCCUGCUCUGUCAGUCAACCUGCAGCUUCCCUCUGGCUCCUCUGCCGCUGGAGGAGAUCAUCCUGACCGCACCCCUGGAGGUGUUAACUGGGGCGGUGCCAUUGGCGGAAGGGGGGGUGCAUUCGGAAACACAGACAAGUCUUUUCCCCUGGAGUGUGGCGGCUGAGAAUGCGUCUGUCCAAAGUACUGGUCGACAUGGACAUGGCAGACUACACCGAGGCCCUGGACCCAGCCUACACCACCCUGGAGUUCGAAAACAUGCAGGUGCUCUCAAUGGGCACGGACUCCUCACCAGCAGAAAACGCCAGCAUGAAUGCUGCCCACCAGCUGGGAGCGGGCACUCUCUGCGCCAUCUGCGGUGACCGGGCCACUGGAAAGCACUACGGCGCCUCCAGCUGCGAUGGCUGCAAGGGUUUCUUCCGCCGCAGCGUCCGUAAGAACCACAUGUACUCGUGCAGAUUCAACAGACAGUGUAUAGUGGACAAAGACAAGCGGAAUCAGUGCCGAUACUGCAGGCUGAAGAAGUGCUUUCGAGCAGGAAUGAAAAAGGAAGCUGUCCAAAAUGAAAGAGACAGAAUCAGUACCAGGAGAUCCAGUUACGAAGACAGCAGUUUACCAUCCAUCAACGCACUCAUCCAGGCAGAUGUUUUGUCACGACAGAUCUCCUCUCCUGUGCCCAUUCUGAAUGGUGACAUCCGAACAAAGAAGAUGGCCUCUAUUACGGAUGUGUGUGAAUCAAUGAAACAGCAACUACUGGUCCUGGUGGAGUGGGCAAAGUACAUCCCUGCUUUCUGUGACCUCCCUCUGGAUGACCAGGUGGCCCUUCUGAGAGCUCAUGCUGGCGAACAUCUCCUUCUCGGGGCUGCCAAGAGAUCCAUGCUCUACAAAGACCUGUUGCUUUUAGGAAAUGAUCACAUAAUCCCACGUAACUGCCCUGAGCUGGAGAUCAGUAGGGUGGCUGUGAGGAUUCUGGAUGAGCUGGUGUUGCCCUUCCAGGAUCUCCAGAUAGACGACAAUGAAUACGCCUGCUUGAAGGCCAUCGUUUUCUUUGAUCCAGAUGCCAAGGGUCUUAGUGACCCAAGCAAAAUCAAACGGAUGCGCUAUCAAGUGCAGGUCAGCCUGGAAGACUAUAUCAACGACCGCCAGUACGACUCCCGGGGCCGCUUCGGCGAACUUCUCUUGCUGCUGCCUACGCUACAGAGCAUCACCUGGCAGAUGAUCGAGCAGAUUCAGUUUGUCAAGCUCUUCGGAAUGGCCAAGAUAGACAACCUGCUGCAGGAGAUGCUGCUGGGAGGUUCUGCAAAUGAAGCGCCCCAUGCCCCUCACACCCUCCAUCCUCAUUUGGUCCAGGAGCACCUCAACAGCAAUGUCAUUAUAGCUGGAAACAUGCCAACUCCCAUCCACAAUGGCCAGAUCUCCACUCCCGAGACUCCAAUCCCAUCUCCUCCUGCAGCAUCCAGCUCGGAACAUUAUAAGCUGGCCCAGGGUGUCAUUGCCACCGUGCCCAAACAACCCAGCUCCAUCCCCCAGCCCACCAUCACAAAGCAAGAGGCCAUCUGAAACCCCACCUGGAGCCAAACAGUACAUUUCACUCAGUACAUCCACAUUUUCUUUUAAUGCCAUGCAAACAUUGUUAUGAGCUAUCUGCACACAUUGACCAGCUAAAGGCACACUCUGCAGGUGCGUGGGGAAAAAAAGGCUCAGUAAGAAAGGUCUGUAGCAGCUGUACAGAAAGUGACUUCACAUGUGAACAAGUGUUGCUCUUUUUUAGUAUCUAUACAACAUUGUUUUCAUUGUCAAAAACUGCCAAAGCUCUGCUUAAUAUUGAUGUCAUUGGCAAGCCAUGAUGUGGUUGUUAAAAAAAAAAAAAAA